GCUGCUCCGCCGCACAUAGACCUCUCAUGCACGGGCUCAGUGCCACCAGUACCAACAGUGAUCUCUCUGUGGAAUAAACGCGGAUAUUACGUCGUGAAUAAACCCUCGUAUAUAUAUCUAUAUAUAUAUAUCUAUAUAUAUACACGCAUAUAUUUAUGUACACGCAUGUGCGUACACGUACACGUACGAGCCGUCGUGACGUCUUCGACGUGACCUUGAAGAUGAAGACAUCAUCAGAGUUGUCGUCGCACGUGGAACUCGUCGCCGAGGCUUCGCUGGCCGACGUCGUCUGCUGUCGUCGUCGUCCUCGUCUGCUUACCCGCGGAGGCCGGUCGUCGGCCGGAGAUCGUACGCGCUGAACACCGCGUUUAACUGUCGUCUGCAGUGCAGACGGACUACAGCAGGAGAGUGCAUUUCAUUGCGAGAUUUUUUAGUGCAAACAACGAAGUCGGCGAGAGCCUUUCUGCACGCAUGCAUGCAGCCGUAGAGCCGAGAGCGAGCUAAUAGGUAUGUGUUUUGAUAAACAGUCGUCGUCGAAAAUCAUCUACAUGUCGGUCGUGCAACUAUGGCUAGCAAGUUGCUGAUGUGGAGACGCGUUGAGCCGACGGCUGUGCUGCUGCUGUUGCUGCUUGUCACCGAUGCGGUGCUAUCGUGUGGGCCCGGCCGAGGCGGCAUGAGACGCAAGAGCUCGCACAAGCCGACGCCGCUCGUCUACAAGCAACAUGUGCCGAACGUAUCUGAGAAUACGCUGGGAGCGAGCGGGUUGUACGAGGGACGCAUCACGCGCGACGACCCGCGAUUCAAAGAGUUGGCCGCUAACUACAUCACGGACAUUAUCUUUAAGAACGAGGAAGGCACCGGCGCAGACCGACUCAUGACACAGACUUGCAUCGAUCGCCUUAAGACGCUGUCCAUCGCCGUGAUGAAUCAGUGGCCGGACGUUAAACUGCGGGUCACAGAAGCUUGGGUCGAAGACAACCAGCAUCCCCCGGACUCGCUCCACUACGAAGGUCGAGCCGUCGAUGUUCAGACGAGUGACCGAGACCGAUCGAAAAACGGAUUGCUGGCGCGGCUCGCGGUCGAGGCCGGAUUCGACUGGGUCUACUACGAGUCUCGCUCUCACAUACACUGCUCCGUUAAGUCAGAAUCGUCUGAAGCCGCAAGAUCUGGUGGCUGUUUCCAUGGUGAUAGUGUAGUUUAUAUGGACAACGGUGAAACAAAGAAGAUUAGAGAUCUGAAUGUACACGAUAGGGUUUUGACAGCUGACUCAAACGGUGCCCUUGCUUACAGCAAAGUGAUACUAUUUCUCGAUAGAAACAAAGAAAAACGGAGAUUAUUUUUCACUAUCGAGACGGAAGGAAAUCAAAGUAUUACGCUGACGCCAAGUCAUCUGAUUUACACGGCUUCGAAAUCAAACGUGGAAUUCAAGUCUGGUCCCGUGAUAUUCGCAAAAGACGUUAAGCCUGGCGAUUAUAUUUAUGUGAGACAUACACACUCUGGUAUCUCCUCUCUAACAGUAGAAAGAGUGUUACAAGUCAGGCAUCACGUGGACAGCGGCGUGUUUGCACCAUUGACGCUAGAGGGAACUAUAGUCGUCGACAACGUGCUCGCCUCUUGUUACGCAGUCAUAAACAGUCAGGCGGUGGCGCACUGGGCGUUUGCGCCCGUAAGACUUUACUAUAACUGGAAAGACUUUUUACGGAAACUCGGCACCUCGUCCCGUGGUGAUGCAGUCCAUCGUGAACCAGCUAGCAUUCCACAGGACGGUAUACACUGGUACGCUAGUUUUCUGUACAACUUGGCGCAUUUGGUGCUUCCAGACGCGAUGUUGUAUAGAUAGUGACUCAACGAUAUCCCGAGGAGCAAGAUCGCGAAGAUCCUGAACGUGACCCUUCGCCGUGGUUUCCUCUUACUAUAGAGGCACAGCGCGCUAUCGAUUACACAAAUCACAUAAAGAUGGAACCUUUCCCGGGGAGAGGCCAAUGUAGAGAAAGAUAAAUGCACCCGCCUGUUCGUCAUAUGUAUGCAUCUAUAUUGGCCUAUAAGGAAAAGGUGAUCUACCAGAACAGCAAGACCGCUGCGUCUCCCUAUUCGUCCUGACUCUCUCUUACUGAAUAAACGUCUAUAUGUAACCAUUAUAGAGCGUGUGUAUGUCUUCUGAAGCAACUGUAUCUAGUUACGAUGUGCAAUAGAUCCAAGGAAAAAUGUAUCCGGCGAUAACGUUGACAACAGCUUUACUUAUGAUAUUGGGCGAGUAGAAGAUGGCGUAAUAUAACAAAUAGCCGUGUGAUAUGUGGGGUAUCAUCGGUUUUCAUUAUCGCACCUAUGAAUUUGUCCUAUAUGGCAGCCGUUUAUAACUAUAUACUGUAAUUGGUUCUACUCGUACGACAGUUAUAUGCAGGUUAUUUGCUUAUUUCACCCCAGAUGCAAACAGUGUAGCAGAAUGAACGGGCUCACACGUGGACACAACACCAAAUUUUGGGACAUUAAUCGUUCCGGGGUAUUUUCACACGUAUAAUAUAUGUGCUUCGGAACGCGACACUGCAUAGGGUGACAGCAUUUCACAUAGAAUUUCGAAUAAUGCAAAGUGUAACGUCGAAUAUAAAAGGCGCGGCAAAUGCGCUAAUAGUAGUAGGAAAAUGUGCGUAUGCUAAUGAGUGUACGCAACGAGUGCGCAAUGAGCGACGGCGAUGAGCGGUAAUAGGUACCUAUGCACCUAUGCAUGUAGACGUAUAUAUUGCCGUUAUUUGUAAUUAUUUAUAAAUGAGUGAUGUUCCAUAUGCACUUAUCUGUUAAAUAAAAACACACUUCCAAUUAUUUAUUAUAUAAAGUAGCGUUAGAUUGUUUAUUUAAUGAGAAAUAUUUAGAGUUAGAACAUUAUUUAUUGCAUCUGAUUCAACCCACACGUUAUUUAAGCGUUUCGUUAAGGCUAUUGUAUUUGAUUAUUCAUGAAUAAUAAGUAUGAUACGCAACUUCUCACUUUCUAAAGUCAUUGUAAAUUUCUUGCAAUUUGUUGUUAUUAAAUUCUAAUCGAAGCAAGUUGGGGUUUAGACAGGGGUGUAUACAGGUAAACUAAUUUAAAGUUAGGUAUCUAUACGUUUUACAGUUUAUUUUAAAUAAUGUAGACUAUUGCAAACACGCUCAAAAAUUAUUACUAGACAGGAUAUUCGCUGAUCGGCUUAUGUAAAAUAUUAUGAUAUAUAACAUGAAAAUCCCCACAUUAAAAUACAAAAUGGCGGAUAUAAAUCAAUAUCACAGGGGUUUUAUCAGCUCUUAAAGAGAACAGCUAAUGAACGCAGAGGAAGAUAUCUUGACGCAAAUUUGGGUUACCGUUAAAAAAACACGAAACAGUGUAAUCAUAUAAUAUAAAAUAUAAUGAAAGAAUACAAUACUUAAGUAAUGUGUGGGAAUGAACUACACUAGCAUGCAGUCUUGUAAUCACUACAUCAUAAAAUUUGAGCCUCACGUGGACAAUUAAACACAAUAACUCUACUAAAUGAAAUAUUGAAUUUAGUAAUUGGAAGUGAAUUUAAUUAUAACCAAACGAAGUUUUGAUAAUUUCAAAUAAUGACAUUAUAUACGGACGAUUAAGUAAUAUUUUUUCCUUGCUGGCACACGAGCAAUAACAUAAUGUGAAUGAUGAAGGUAUGUGCCUUUAUUCUUUGCAGCUGUGGAGCGCAUGCAGACAUCUAUGCCGUAUUAUUGUGUAAAUGAAAAGCACUGCAUUUGUAUAUGUUAUUUAUGUGCUUGUACAUACUGGUUCUCUGAACACCUGCCCGUAGAGGCAAACCAGAGAGGUUACGUAAUCGUACUGUAGUAUUGAAGUUUAUGCUAAUAAAUAAAUGUUACCUUUUCUAACCGUCUUCA